UAAUUUGAAGCCUAGCCGUCUUUUCUAUGUCGCUUAUAUAUAUUUGAAGUAACCGUUUUUUGUUCUGAGUUUCCAAGUUUUUAAUUUUUUAUAAUUGUUUUUUAACUAAUACAAGGAGAGUGAUUUUCGAACAAUAUUUACUGAAGGUAGUAACUUCGUUUGGGUAAUAUGUCGAGAAUUCCCAAAUUUGAAAGUAAAUUGAAGGGACCUAGAGCGAGAGAUGAUCUUCCAGAAUUACCAAAUAUAAAGAAAAAUAUUAGACCUAUUUUGAGACGCUCCAAGUCCUAUGACAAUCUCAGCCAUGCAGUUACGAAGUCAGUAGCAUCUGUAGUUUCUUCUAUGAGGAAACCUUUAGCUAAUUUUUCCAAUAUAAAAAAUACAUCUAAUGCAGUGUCACAGUUGAAAUUUGGUAAAACUCAAACAGAGGACACAGUCCCUGAGCUACCUAAAAUAAAUAAGAGACCAGCCAAAAUUAACAUUAGGCGAUCAAAAUCAUUCAGUGAUAUUAGGGUUAAUCGCAAUUUUCCUGCAACACUAAAUUCUGUUAAACCAAAUAUUUUUCCAAAAGUUGGUGUUAAAGCCCCACCUAAAACGGCCACUUCUACAAAUAGAACAAAUAUUACAAAACCUGUUAUAAAACCUAAUGUAGCAUCAAAAUCAGGAGUUAAAAGACAAGGGGAAAAUUGUGAAUCAGGAAUAAAAAAUAAGGUGGCUAAGAAAACUAAAGUACCUGAUUGGGAUUAUAAAACUAGAUUCAUUUUACUACAAGAGAAAUAUUGUAGUUUACAGGAAGAUUAUAAAAUUGCAGAAAAAUGUGUUGAAGAUGCUAAAAGUGGCUUUCAAUCUAAAAUUUCUGAAUUGGAGGAAUCGGAAAAGAGUUUGAGGGACCAAGUGAAUAAAUUGACAGCAGUAAAUGAAGAAAUUAGUAAAUUCAAAGAAGAUUUAAUCAGUAAAUAUGAAUCAAAAAGUACAGAAUUGGAGAAGUUGAAAGAAGAAACUUCUGUUAUUCAGCAAAAAUAUGACCAUUUUUAUCAGGAAACCCAGAAACUUACAAAAGAAAGAGAUCAUCUUUUGAAUGAAGUCCUUAAUGGUGAAAAAUUGAGACGCAAGUUGCAUAAUUGCAUUCAAGAUCUCAAAGGAAAUAUCAGAGUAUUUUGCCGUCUGAGGCCAGCCUUGAACGAACUUGAAAGGAUUAAUCAGUGUAAUUUCAAUUUUGCUAAUGGUAAUUGGAUGGAAAUAUCUAAACCAAGGGGAAGUAUCGCACCAGGCGGUAAUCUCAAAAGUAAUGAAACACAAGAAUUCACAUUCGAUAAAGUAUUCAAUCAAGAUGCGACCCAAGAAGAGAUUUUCGAGGAACUAUCACAACUCGUACAGUCUGCAAUGGAUGGCUAUCAUGUUUGUGUUUUCGCCUAUGGACAGACUGGUUCUGGUAAAACUUAUACCAUGCAGGGUGAAUCAGAUCCUAUGGAACGUCUAGGAAUGAUACCAAGAUCUGUGCAAUUGAUUUUUGAGAAGAAGGAACAAAUGGCGAAAAUGGGUUGGUCUUUUACAAUCCAAGCAAGUUUCCUGGAGAUAUAUAACGAGAAUAUAAGAGAUCUUUUGAAUAUGAAAGGUGGAAAGUCUUUAGAUAUCCGAUAUAAUGAAGGAAAAGGCACCACCGUUUCUAACUUGACAGUCGUACCGAUUUCAUCUGCCGAGGAACUUCUUACAUAUAUGUAUAAGUCUCAACAAAAUAGGUCUACAGCCGUCACAAAUUUCAAUGAACACAGCUCCAGAUCUCACUCGAUCACGAAAAUUUACAUAGAAGGACGCUAUCAAGACUCGGAUGAUGUUUAUGUGGGUUCGGUGAGUUUGGUAGAUCUAGCUGGUUCAGAAAGUGCCAAAUCAGUGUCCACCGAACGUUUAGCCGAAACUAAAAAUAUAAAUAAGAGCUUGUCGAGUUUAGGAAAUGUAAUGAUGGCCUUAUAUAAGAAGGAAACACAUAUUCCGUAUAGAAAUUCGAAAUUGACGUUCUUGUUACAAUCUUCUCUGGGAGGAAAUUGUAAAUGUUUGAUGAUUGUCAACAUUUCACCUAUCGCUGAUUCUUUUAAUGAGUCCAUUAGUGCUUUGAGAUUCGCUGCCAAAGUGAAAGAGGUUAAAAUUGCUUCGAAUAAAAACAAACUAGUGACCCCAAUCAAGUAAUUUAUAAAUAUUGGUUUAAGGAAAAUUGUUGAUAAUCGGUCAUUUUAUGUUUGACUUAGAAGUUUAGUUUAUUAGAGAAAUGGUCGGACCAGUCGAUUCUAGUUUACAAUUUUAAGUCUUAUUUGUAUUAUCGAUAGUCAAGUUAGACAAUAUUAUUUCGAUAUGAUGGACUGAACAAGGAUGAAAAGUAUUUCCCAUUAACUAAAAUGGACUCGUCUUUAUAUUUCCCUUGUUAUCUUAUUCCCCCUUCUCCAUUUUUUUUUGGAUCAACUCUUAUCUCUGAAUGAUGCAUGAUCUACCUUUAUUUGAGGCGUGUAAGAAUUAAAAAAUUUUACUAUUAGCUUAACCCCCAAGGACUUGGAUGUUCUAAGUCUCUGGGAGGGGAAUUAGUCGUUCUCUUUACAUCGUUAAAUUUGCACAAUUUGUGCCUUUUUAUCUUUACGAGUUACGUUUAACAAUUAACUAUUAACAAAUAUUUUAAUUUUUAUCGUAUGCUGUCAUGUUAAAAAAAACUAGAAUUUUUUUGAACUAUAUGCCUAUAGUCCUUUAAUUUUGAUCCCAAAGAAUGAUUUUCUAAAGAAUUAAUUCGAUAGUGUGCUAACUACACUGAAGUUUUUAAUCCGCAAUACUAUUAGUACUUUGUAAAUAUCAAUAUAUGUUUUGUAUAUAUUUCAUUUUUAUUAUUCAUCUGUUAGAGAUCAGUUCUUAACAUAAUCGAGAAUGGCUUUAGCCAUUUCGAAUUAUUUAUAGUCAUUAAUUACCAGUGUUUGAUGAAUGUACUAACAUUUUUUUAGUGUCUGUAAAAUAUGUUAUCCUAAAAAAAUAAAUAACUCAGUAGUUUUACUACAUAGAAUA